AUGUUCAGAUCAGAGCCAGCCGUCGCAUCCAACCUGGCCGUUUGCGGACGGGAAGAGCUGUACGAAGCAUCGUUUCCCGUCCUCUGGAGCAUCAGAGCCAUGCUUUUUCAAUGCCCGCCAAUCCCAACUCGAUCGGAUGUCGCAGCGAAUGUCGGCACGAGCUCUGGAGAAGUGGCUGAAGGUGUCGAAGGGGCCAUCCGGAACUUCAUCCUACCUGGUCGGUUCAUGAUUGGACGGGGCCGCGCAAAGGCACUGGCUCAAGGCUGCGGAUAUGGUGUCGCGAAUAUAUCCGUAUUGCGUACCAAGGCUCAAUUCACUCGUUGCUGGUCGUCCCGACUGUUUAUCGUCGCCCUGACUCUUUUUUUAUCUGGCGUCGUCCAAGAAGGCUGGGAUCUGGCGCGGAGCAUGCUGGCCGGAUUCAAGUGGGUCCGCGCCGAGAUCUGCCUUGACAGCCAAUCAGACUUGGCCAAAGCGAGUGCGAGGCUGGCCGAUGACAAUUUCCCUUCCCUUGAUGCGAGUGAUGGAAUUCGAUAA